CUGUGCAGGGUUCAGAGAAUGACUGAGUGAAGUUAGUUUUUUGAUUGCCUUUAACCAGACAUCACUGGCUCUUCUGAGCAUUUUGAAAGCGGCUUUUACUGCCAACGUAAAGCAAUCAAUAGCUUUUGGAAAGCUUUAUUGAUUGCUUUUGAUGCACUGUGACGCACCAUUAAUUCUCUUGAUAUAAAAUCCUUUUUUGUAUCAAUAAGCAAGAAGUAUCCAUUUAUUUUAUCAUGAAUUAGUUUGUCUCAUUUAAGCAGUGCUUCCUGCUGUCCAUAAGAUGGCAACAAAUAAUAAGUAAAUGGCUGUGAGGAUGGAAAGAUGAAAACAGCAAUCUGGAAGUCAAUAAUUGCUUUUAAGUGAUUUUUGUUAUUCUGUUAUAUUUACUUAUGACAGUGACAGUAUCAUGUGGGAGCAGGAGUGUAACUGAGAGUUACAAAACUGUUCUUGAUGUGUCAGUAUGGCACCUUUUGUGUGAGGGAAUAAAGUACAUAGAACCUCAUUAGCACUUUUGAAUGAGCUUGUCAUUAGCUGAGAAAGGGCAUCAGGGCUUUUUCUCUAUUUGUAUGAUAUUUUUGAACUCACUGGACACAUUAGCUAAUUGACUUCUGUCCCUUGCUGCUCAUUGCAAUGGUAUGUCUUAAUAAACCUUUGGCAUGCAGCCACAAAGACAUACCUGUUGUUCGUCGAAGGUCCAGAGAAGUGCCUUGGAGAUGAUCUGCCACAGGAGACUAAUUAAUGGCAGCAAGCUUGACAGCAAAACCUCAAAUGAAGAAGGAGCAGAAACAAAAGAAUUUGUGGGGUUUGUGUCAUUUCUGUGUUUGGCCUGAAUGACGUCCACACAGGGUUGACGGCGUGCACUGCACAGAACAAUAUAAAAGACACUACUUCUUCCACUGGGGAGAUAAGAAGAUCAGAUGACUCCCCUUCACAGAGACCAAAAGAUGAUGUGGUUCCCUGCCAACUUCCAGACAGCUGCUGGGGUGGACAUGUCUAACAGGAAAGUCCUCGUGCUUGUCUUGAUGUUGCUGCUGUCUCAGCUGACUUGCGAUGCUCACAGCAUGUCUGAGUGCUGCAGACAACCCUCUCGCUCCUGCCGCCUCUAUGUGUUGCUGUGUCGCUCUGGUGGUAAGGCCUUGGGGGGACCCCUCACAGGAGAUGCAGCUGCUGGCAUCCUCACUCUAGGCAAACGGAGAGAAGAUGAGUAUCGCUUACACAGCCGACUCCACCAGCUCCUACAAGGCUCCAGGAACCAAGCAGCAGGGAUCCUGACCAUGGGGAAGAGGACUGAAGAGAGGGCUGGAGAGCAGUACAUGGACUGGAUGGCUCAGUCAGAAACUACCAUCACAACACCCCUUCCUGUUUGAAGGCAUAUUUAUACGUCAUGAUAUAAGUAAACUGGGACUUAUUUUGUGAGCGAUAUAAAUAACUUAUUUUGUGAGCAUAUAAAAUGUAUAUAUUGCUCGUGUGGAAACAUGAUUUGUUUGUGAUUUUCUUUUAUCUGUACCUUUUUGAGUGUGAUUUGCAUUUGCCUGUGAGAGAACUUUAGGGAGAUGUGUAAUAUUGUACAUACAUGUACAAUAAAAAAAAAAACC